UGCGGCGGAAGCGGCGGGACUCCUGGGCAUGGGGGCUUCACCACAAUAGAGACAGCGCCCCCACUCUCCCCCGCCAGCCCCUCUGGAGCGAAGCCCCCAAACCCCCCCCAGGAAAAGGAUGGCGGCGGCACCUACCCAGAUCGAAGCCGAGCUGUAUUACCUGAUCGCUAGAUUCUUGCAAUCCGGACCCUGCAACAAAUCCGCUCAGGUGCUAGUGCAGGAACUCGAGGAGCAUCAGCUUAUUCCGCGCCGCUUAGACUGGGAGGGGAGAGAGCACCGAAGAAGCUUCGAGGAUCUGGUGGCAGCCAAUGCACACAUUCCUCCAGACUACCUCCUUAAAAUUUGUGAGCGGAUUGGUCCCUUACUAGAUAAGGAGAUCCCUCAGAGUGUUCCUGGGGUACAGACAUUACUCGGUGUUGGUCGGCAGUCUCUGUUAAGGGAUGCCAAAGACUGUAAGAGUACACUAUGGAAUGGCUCUGCUUUUGCAGCUCUACAUAGAGGCAGACCUCCAGAACUACCUGUAAAUUAUGUGAAACCUCCAAAUGUGGUGAAUAUCACCUCAGCCAGGCAAUUAACCGGAUGUAGUCGUUUCAGCCAUAUUUUCCCUUCAGCUGCUUACCAGCACAUUAAGAUGCAUAAGAGAAUUCUGGGUCACUUGUCAUCUGUCUACUGUGUAGCAUUUGACAGAAGUGGGAGAAGAAUUUUUACAGGUUCUGAUGACUGUUUGGUGAAAAUCUGGGCAACAGAUGAUGGACGCCUUCUGGCUACACUUCGAGGGCACUCUGCUGAAAUUUCUGACAUGGCUGUUAAUUAUGAAAAUACUCUCAUUGCCGCAGGCAGUUGUGAUAAAGUUGUAAGAGUGUGGUGUCUUCGAACUUGUGCGCCAGUUGCAGUCCUUCAGGGACAUUCAGCUUCUAUCACUUCCAUACAGUUUUGUCCAUCAACUAAAGGCACAACCAGAUACCUCACUUCUACUGGUGCUGAUGGAACAAUUUGUUUCUGGCAGUGGCAUGUGAAAACAAUGAAGUUUAAAGAUCGCCCAGUGAAAUUUACUGAGAGAUCUAGACCUGGAGUUCAGAUAUCUUGUUCAUCUUUCAGUUCUGGUGGUAUGUUCAUUACAACAGGUAGCACUGACCAUGUGAUUAGAAUAUAUUAUUUAGGUUCUGAGAUCCCUGAGAAAAUUGCCGAGUUAGAGUCACAUACGGACAAAGUUGUUGCUGUUCAGUUCUGUAACAAUGGAGACAGUUUAAGAUUUGUUAGUGGAAGUAGAGAUGGAACAGCAAGAAUUUGGCAAUACCAGCAACAAGAAUGGAAGAGUAUAGUACUAGAUAUGGCUACUAAAAUGACUGGGAACAAUUUGCCAUCUGGAGAAGACAAGGUCACUAAACUUAAGGUGACUAUGGUGGCCUGGGAUCGAUAUGACACCACAGUUAUUACUGCAGUGAACAAUUUCCUUUUGAAAGUAUGGAAUUCUAUCACAGGCCAACUUCUUCAUACGUUAUCCGGACAUGAUGAUGAAGUAUUUGUUUUGGAAGCACAUCCAUUUGAUCAAAGGAUCAUACUUUCAGCAGGUCAUGACGGGAACAUUUUUGUUUGGGACCUUGACCGGGGGACCAAAAUUCGGAAUUAUUUUAAUAUGAUUGAAGGCCAAGGCCAUGGUGCAGUGUUUGACUGUAAAUUUUCACCAGAUGGUAAUCAUUUUGCCUGCACUGAUUCACAUGGGCACUUGCUGCUUUUUGGAUUUGGAUGCAGUAAAUACUAUGAAAAGAUUCCAGAUCAGAUGUUCUUCCAUACUGAUUAUCGACCUCUUAUCCGUGAUGCCAACAACUAUGUAUUGGAUGAACAAACCCAACAAGCUCCUCAUCUCAUGCCUCCACCAUUCUUGGUGGAUGUUGAUGGAAAUCCUCAUCCCACAAAAUUUCAAAGACUGGUACCAGGACGGGAAAAUUGUAAAGAUGAACAACUUAUACCACAGCUGGGAUAUGUGGCUAAUGGUGAUGGUGAAGUAGUAGAACAGGUAAUUGGGCAACAAACCAAUGAUCAAGAUGAGAGCAUUCUUGAUGGAAUAAUCAGGGAGUUACAAAGAGAACAAGAUCUGAGGCUAAUUAAUGAAGGAGAUGCUCCACAUUUUCCAAUUAAUAGAUCAUAUUCUUCUAAUGGUGCUCUGAGAAAUCCAGAUAUGGACAUAUCUUCUUCCCCAAAUAUUGGACUGCGACGUAGUGGUCAGAUUGAAGGUGUCCGACAAAUGCAUAACAAUGCUCCUAGAAGCCAGAUGGCCACUGAACGAGAUCUCAUGGCAUGGAGCAGAAGAGUGGUAGUCAAUGAGCUAAAUAAUGGGGUUAGUAGGGUUCAGGAAGAAUGUCGAACUGUAAAAGGUGACAUAGAAAUCAGUCUUUAUACAGUUGAAAAGAAGAAAAAACCAUCUUACACUACCCAAAGGAGUGAUUAUCAGCCUAGCUAUGGGCGGUCUUUGCGAAGGACACAACGCAAACGACAGCAUACUUACCAAACACGAUCCAACAUAGAGCAUAAUUCACGAGCAUCAUGUCAAAAUUCAGGUGUACAGGAAGACUCAGAUAGCUCCUCAGAGGAAGAUGAAACAGUUGGCACAAGUGAUGCUUCUAUAGAGGAUCCUGUUAUUGAAUGGCAAAGUGAAAGUUCCUCCAGUGAUUCAUCAAGUGAAUAUUCUGAUUGGACAGCAGAUGCUGGAAUAAAUUUGCAACCUCCAAAAAGGCAAACGAGACAGGCAACACAGAAAAUAUGCAGCAGCUCUGAGGAGGAAAAUUUGAAGUCACUUGAAGAAAGGCAGAAGAAACCUAAACAGACUAGAAAGAAGAAAGGUGGACUAGUUUCUAUGGCAGGAGAGCCCAAUGAAGAAUGGUUUGCCCCUCAGUGGAUCUUGGAUACCAUACCACGGCGUUCACCAUUUGUCCCACAGAUGGGAGAUGAGCUUAUAUAUUUUAGGCAAGGACAUGAAGCUUAUGUACGGGCUGUAAGAAAAUCAAAAACAUACAGCGUUAAUUUACAAAAACAGCCGUGGAAUAAAAUGGAUCUCAGGGAACAAGAGUUUGUUAAGAUUGUAGGAAUCAAAUAUGAGGUUGGACCACCUACACUAUGCUGCUUGAAGCUUGCAUUUCUGGACCCCAUUUCAGGCAAAAUGACUGGAGAAUCUUUUUCCAUUAAGUAUCAUGACAUGCCAGAUGUCAUUGACUUCCUUGUGCUACAUCAGUUUUAUAAUGAAGCCAAAGAAAGGAACUGGCAGAUAGGUGAUAGAUUCCGCAGUAUAAUAGAUGACGCCUGGUGGUUUGGGACUGUAGAAAGUCAGCAACCUUUUCAACCAGAGUAUCCUGAUAGUUCUUUCCAGUGUUACAGUGUUCACUGGGACAAUAAUGAGAGAGAAAAGAUGAGCCCCUGGGAUAUGGAGCCAAUUCCAGAAGGAACUGCCUUUCCAGAUGAAGUUGGUGCUGGUGUUCCUGUGUCCCAGGAGGAACUGACUGCUUUGCUAUACAAACCUCAGGAAGGAGAGUGGGGGGCUCAUUCCAGAGAUGAGGAAUGUGAACGAGUUAUUCAGGGAAUCAACCACCUUCUUUCCCUGGAUUUUGCCAGCCCCUUUGCUGUUCCAGUGGAUCUCAGUGCCUACCCCUUGUAUUGUACUGUAGUUGCUUAUCCAACUGACCUCAACACCAUCAGGCGGAGACUUGAAAAUCGCUUUUACAGGAGAAUAUCAGCAUUAAUGUGGGAAGUACGCUAUAUUGAGCAUAAUGCUAGGACUUUCAAUGAGCCUGACAGUCCUAUAGUUAAAGCAGCCAAAAUUGUAACUGAUGUCUUACUUCGAUUUAUUGGGGAUCAGAGCUGUACUGAUAUACUGGAUACUUACAAUAAAAUUAAAGCAGAAGAACUAAACAGCACUGAUGCAGAGGAGGAUACAGAAAUGGUUGAUUUAGAUUCAGAUGGACCUGGUACUUCAUCUGGAAGAAGGGUCAAAUGCCGAGGCAGAAGGCAGUCCUUGAGGUGUAAUCCUGAUGCUUGGAGAAAACAGUGCAAAGAACUGUUGGGCCUCAUUUAUGAACGUGAAGACUCAGAGCCAUUUCGACAACCAUCUGAUCCUCUUUCCUACCCAGGCCAUCAAGAGCAAGAGGGUGAAUCCUCUGAGUCUGUUAUUCCAGGACAACAAGAUUCAUCUCUUUGUGAGGAUCAUCAUGAUGUUAUAGACACUCCUAUGGACUUCAGCACUGUGAAAGAAACAUUGGAAACAGGAAACUAUGGUAGUCCUCUGGAAUUUUAUAAGGAUGUUCGCCAAAUAUUCAGCAACUCCAAAGCUUACACCUCUAAUAAAAAGUCACGGAUAUAUAGCAUGACACUGCGAUUGUCUGCCUUAUUUGAAAGUCGUAUUAAAAAUAUCAUCUCUGAAUAUAAGUCAGCAAUCCAGAGUCAGAAGAGGAGAAGGCCACGGUACAGAAAACGUCUAAGAAGCAGCAGCAGUUCAUUAUCUAGUAGCAGAGCUCCUAGUCCAAAAGGGAAACAGAAGCAAAUGAAGCUGCAGCCUAAAAAUGACCAGAAUACCUCAGUGUCUUAUGCCAGGACGAGCACUCCUUUCUCAUCUCCUGUUUCAGAUGCUGCUGAAGGGCUUUCACUGUAUUUACUUGAUGAUGAACCAGAUGGGCCAUUUUCUUCAUCGAGCUUCAGUGGAUAUAACCGAAGUGGAAAUAGCCAUGACCCAGGGAAAGCCAAAUCAUUUCGAAAUAGAGUUUUACCGAUUAAGCAAGAUCACUCCCUUGAUGGACCCCUUACAAAUGGUGAUGGCAGAGAGCCCCGGACAGGAAUCAAGAGAAAACUACUUAGUGCAUCAGAAGAAGAUGAAAUCAUGGGAAGAGAAGAGAAAGAGAAAAAAGAAACAAAAGAGAAAUCACAUUUAUCCUGCUCAGAGAGUGGAGAGUUAGAAUCCAGCUUAAGUUCUGAAAGUACCUGUGGUUCUGAUUCUGACUCUGAAUCAACUUCCAGAACAGAUCAAGAUUAUGUAGAUGGAGACCAUGAUUAUAGCAAAUUCAUACAAACUAGGCCUAAAAGAAAACUCAGAAAGCAAUAUGCCAAUGGAAAAAGAAACUGGAAAACGAGAGGCACGGGAGGAAGGGGCAGAUGGGGCAGAUGGGGUAGAUGGAGUAGAGGAGGCAGAGGAAGAGGAGGCAGGGGACGAGGCAGUCGAGGAAGAGGUGGAGGUGGUGGGAGAGGGAGAGGAAGAGGGAGAGGAGGAAGAGGUGCUUCUAGAGGAGCCACCAGAGCCAAACGUGCACGUAUUACAGAUGAUGAAUUUGAUACUAUGUUUUCAGGACGCUUCAGUAGACUGCCUCGAAUUAAAACAAGAAACCAAGGCAGGAGGACUGUUUUAUAUAAUGAUGAUUCUGAUAAUGACAAUUUUGUGUCCACUGAAGAUCCUCUGAAUCUUGGUACAUCCAGAUCAGGCAGAGUGCGUAAAAUGACAGAAAAAGCCAGGGUUAGCCAUCUCAUGGGAUGGAAUUAUUAG